AUAGAUCAAUAUAACAACAUUCAUGAAUUCGUAAUACACGCAUCGUAAAAUCAUUUUCCGCGAUACUUAGCAAAAACUUCCUUGACACUGUCACCUUUUGCAAGUGCUUGUCUACAAAGCUCAUCGGUUUGUUCAGAUUUGGCUGCUAUAGCCUCAAUUUCGUUCAUUCGAGUAGAAUCGACAACUAUGACACCGUUCCUAUCAGCAAAGAGCUGAUCACCUGACUUGAUAGUAAUUUUGUGUCCAUUAGGGUGAGUAAUCUCGACUGUUUCGCCUGCACUUACAGGGGCCAGAAAAGGUGCCUGGCCACAGACACUGGUACCUUUGGCGAAAAUUGUAAGGCCGCUGUCUUCUAAUUCAUCGAGAUCUCUUACACGACCAUUCGCGACUACGCCUGCUACGGAUUGCGCAGCUGCGGCAGUUGCAAGAAGGCCACCAAAGCAGGCGUUUGUUGAGUCUUCUGGUGGACACAAGAGUAAUAUAUGACCUUCUGGACACAGAUCGACGAAAUGUUGACGAAGUGGAGCUGUCCCUGAAUCUUUGUAAACGAAUUUGAUAGGAAAUACGGGCGCUGAGAGAGUCUGAGAGCCUGUGAAUGAAUGCAGAUCAGGUAGAUAACCCCCCGUAGAUGGCUUAGGGUCUAAUUUGUGAAAUGCAUCGCUGAUUGUAGUGCUGCUAAUUGGAGUCAUUGAACAGGAGUAGUAGAGAACUAUGAAUGUAAGAUAAUUUAAUAAAAUUGACUAAUAUGUUCAAAUUAAAGUUAUAUCGGAGUAAUUUUUGAUGAUGCUGCGAUAAAAAAUAAGCUGUGGUGUCUCAUCGCUUUUCUAAGUUGACGACGACGACGUCUUGUCAAAUACGUGAAAGCAAAUAACAACAAACUGUAAUAUAAACUAUGGGUCGUGCAGCAAUACCAGCCGUUUUCCUCGCCUUCGCCGCUCUGGUGCUAUAUAUCUUUAUAACGGUAUCAACACCAGUAUGGGACAAAGUUAACUUCUUCAGCAUCCAAGUUCCGAGCGUGAACGUUGCAAACAUAAACAUUACACCAGGUACUAUAAAAUAUGGAUUUUUAGGCUGGUGCUACAAUGAUCAGUGCUCAGAUAAGUCUCUUGGGUACAGAUUGGAGGAUCCAAUCAAUCAAUUACCAGGUGUUAAUAUCACGAUAGACAACAAGGCAGUUGAGAACAUCACCUACGCACUCGUUUUGAACCCAGUAUGUGGUUUGUUGUCCCUUCUCGUCAGUCUUUUUGGAUUGCUGGCAAUCCGUGGUGGCAGAAUAACUGCUAUCUUCCUCACCAUCUUUGAAGGUUUCACCGCUUUAGUCGGUAUUGUCACUUUAGCGCUCAACGUUGCGCUUUUCAAGGUAUUCCAGAAUAUCAUGAAUGACAGACUUGACAUUCCUGGAGCUCAAAUUGACUCAAAACUUGACAACGCCGAAUGGUUGAGUGUUGCUGCUGCUGGAUGCCUCAUUGUUGGUAGUGUCCUUUCAUUACUAGGAAUUUGUUUCGGAAGGUCCUCAACCAGGAGACGUGAUAUCAGCUAUGUUUAGAUUUCUCUCUAUUUCUUUUUAAAUUAACGACAACAAAAAUGGACACUAUCUCACACUUCAUUCUUUUCGAUAGGAUAUCUUAUUCACUUUAGUUAUUAUGAUCACCUUAAAUAUUUUUGCUUUGUAAGCCAAGCCAAUAUAACAACGGUUAAUUCAUACAUUAUUAUGUUC